CUGGUCUGUUGUUUUGAUUUGGCAUUUCAUCGAGGGGCGUUCGUACCGCACAGAUCUACAUAAAUAUAUAAAGUGAUCGCCAUUUUGAAAAUUAUACCAAAUAAUAAUUUUCAUUCCCGUUUGUUCCCGAUCAUCUUAAUUAAAAUCGCGCGGAUUUUACGGGAAAUGUGUCUGUGAUAGCGGAACCAGGCUGUUUAGAACGGUAUUUUAGUGAUAUGCAAUAGUUUGUAAAUACAAUUUUGAUUAUCUUGUAAGUGCCCCCAAAGACUAUUAAACAGCAUCAGGAUGAGUACAAAGGAUGAUGAGUACGACUACUUGUUCAAAGUUGUGUUGAUUGGAGACUCAGGCGUAGGAAAAAGUAACCUGUUAUCGAGAUUCACUAGAAAUGAAUUUAACUUGGAAUCAAAAUCAACAAUAGGAGUUGAAUUUGCCACGCGAAGUAUACAGGUGGAUGGAAAGACAAUAAAGGCCCAAAUCUGGGAUACGGCUGGCCAGGAAAGGUACAGAGCCAUAACAGCUGCCUACUAUAGAGGCGCUGUUGGUGCUUUGUUAGUUUACGAUAUUGCCAAGCAUCUAACGUACGAAAACGUCGAAAGAUGGUUGCGCGAGUUGCGAGACCAUGCAGACCAGAAUAUUGUAAUAAUGUUAGUGGGAAACAAGUCGGACUUGCGACAUCUCAGAGCCGUUCUCACUGAGGAGGCUAAAGCUUUUGCCGAACGGAACGGUUUGAGUUUUAUCGAAACAUCGGCAUUGGAUUCAACAAAUGUAGACCUGGCUUUUCAGAAUAUACUCACAGAGAUCUACAGAAUCGUUUCGCAGAAACAGAUUCGGGAUCCACCAGAAGGUGAUACAAUCCGCCCACAAAAUGUAGAACCUAUCGAUGUUAAGCCGACGAUGAGCUCGGACAGUGUCCGCAAACAAUGUUGCCAGUAGUCAAUGUGUAAUUAACUUGUAAACACAGUUUCCUUUGCAGAUUUGAAGUAGUAUUUGCAGUGCGAGUUACAAAAAUACGAAGCUGAAUUGCACCCGCAUGACUGGUUAUUUGAUUCAAACAAUCUUCAAAAAACAUUAACCGUAUAAUAUAUAAAUAAUAGGGUAUCUAAAUAAUUUUAAUAUACUUUAAAGUAACUUUAGCGAAUUGCUGUAAGUGUUGAUGCAGGUGAACACGAAGGCCUAGACCCCAGUGUGAGAUGGCCCUAUAAAACACAUCCUACAGGUAUAAUUUUAAAUAUACUUCUAUAACUACAUACAUAUAAAUAAUGAGAAUAUACAUGCUUAACGCCAUGUGAUUAUAUUAUUUACGUUAGUGGUAUAAACUACGAGGUGCGUUAUUUAUAUCAUAUUACUGUUUCUGUUGUCAGGUUUAAUUGUAUUUAUUAGAGAGUAUUAAAAUACAUUUUUAGUA